CAACACAGACAGAAGAGAGAUCAUAGUGAGAAACGUAGCACGGGGUCAAAAAAGCGUGUUGGACAAAUUUAGUAACUUUGGAUUUUUUGUCACGUCUACGAGGAAUUUGAAAGAGAAAAUAUGAGUUCAGGCUUCGUUACCGAGAGUGAGGUCGAGGAACAGAAGAAAAAGCGUCAGGAGGAAUGGGAGCGUGUCCGGAAGCCCGACGAUCCGCAGGAGGCUCCAGAAGAAGCUUACGACCCCAGAUGUCUUUACGAACGUUUGCAGGAGCAAAAGAUGAAGAAAGAAAUGGAAUUUGAAGAAGCGCACAAACUUAAGAACAUGAUCAAGGGGUUAGAUGACGACGAAAUCAAUUUUCUGGACCAGGUGGACAAGCACAAGAUCGAGGCUGAGAAGCGGAAAAAUGCUGAGGAGGAAGAAGCCAUUGCUGAAUACCGGAACGCUGUGAAUAGUCUUCAGGAUGACAGUUUGCAGACAAGGAUCAAUCUGGAAGUAAUCAAGAAGCCGGUGGGUGGAGGCGGGAGCGGAUCAGCAGUGAGAUCACAACAAAAGCUUCUGGUUGGUGCAGUCAAGAGAAAGUGCUCCGAGCCUUCAACACCAGAGGCGCAAAGUGACGUGAAGAGAAAGCAUGAAGGAGAGCAACAGUCUGGACCUGUGAUGACCUGCAUUGGGAUCCUACCUGGCAUUGGCAACUACCCUGAUUCAAGCGACAGUGAGCAAAGUUCAAACACGGAUGAUGAAAUGAAUCUUCAACGAGGCUCUUAAGGGAAUGCAGCAUCAGCGGUGGUGGUCAACUCUAUUCCAGGCUGUUUGGAGUCUCCAUGUUCAAGAGUCACCUGAAAUACACUGAAGGUUCUUCAACUGACACAUGUUGAGAUAAAUACAAAAUUCCUUUCAAUGGUUGGUCCAUCGAGCAGUAUCCGUAAGGAAUCAAAAACAUUUGAAGCAUAAAAAAACAAUUUAAACUCUGAAAAAAUGUGCUCAUGUGCACACGAAAAAUAAAGAAGACGUGAAUUUUGUUUAAAAAA